GCCAACUCCACGUACAGAAAUUUACUAACUUCAAUAAUCAUAUAACCUCAAAAAAUAAUUUUAAAUUAUUAUAAUUAUUUUAUUUUACGUAAAAUGGUAGUUUAUGGUGUGUACAUUGUCUCCAAAUCGGGUGGUUUAAUCUUCAACCUUGACCACAAUGUUCCAAAAAUCGAAACUGAAAAAUCAUUCUCCUUUCCCCUCGAUAUCAAAUUGCGGUUAGAAAAUAAGAAAAUUGUAGUAGAAUUCGGCCAGAGGGAUGGCAUUCAUGUGGGGCACGUCUUGUAUGCCAUAAACGGAAUUCCAAUCACUGGCCGCCAGUUGGACGACGGAAGAGACGCCUUUGAAGUUUUAGAAAAUAAAGACAAUUACCCCCUCAAUCUAAAAUUUGGAAGACCCAAAAUGACAACAAAUGAGAAAAUAUUUCUUGCUAGUAUGUUUUACCCCCUGUUUGCUAUAGCAAGUCAAUUGAGUCCUGAGCCAAAAUCGUCAGGGAUUGAGGUUUUGGAAGCAGACACGUUUAAGUUGCAUUGUUUUCAAACUCUGACGGGGGUCAAGAUGAUGGUGGUGGCUGAUAGGAAUCAGGCAGGGGUAGAGAUAUUGCUGAAGAGAAUUUAUGAAAUUUAUGCCGACUAUGCGCUAAAAAAUCCGUUUUAUUCGCUGGAAAUGCCUAUAAGGUGUGAGUUGUUUGAUCUCAAUUUGAAGAGUAUUUUGGAUCAGCUCGAGAAAUCGGGGAUUUCCAAUAUUUAGAAUUUUAAUUAAUGUAAUUAUUAUCGAUUUCUACUAUGAGUAUGUAAAAAUAAUAAUAUAAAUAUUUAUAACACCCUGUGAUAAUUAA